AAUUAGUGUAGAAGCUAGUUUUCCGUCACAACUUAAGGCUGCAGCUCAAGCGAUCGCCAGUCUGACAAUAACGGACCUGCAAAGUUUCCAUGCAGAAACAUCUUGAUACUUGUUACUUUUUCUUCCGAAUUUUGGACUAUCCUUGUUGAAUCAUAUUCACAGGCGACAACAUGUUAGAGCAGGUCCUGUCCUUUGGCCGUUCCCUGGUGCGCCGAAAGUUGGUUGACCUUAACAGUUUGGAGGACUCCAAGCUCUGCCGUUGCUUGGGAACUGUGGACCUGAUUGCCCUCGGCGUGGGCAGCACUCUGGGCGCGGGUGUCUACGUCCUGGCUGGAGAAGUAGCCAAGGGAAACUCUGGUCCCAGCAUAGUCAUCUCCUUCCUCAUUGCUGCACUGGCUUCCGUCAUGGCCGGCCUUUGUUAUGCUGAGUUUGGAGCCCGCGUCCCAAAGACUGGUUCGGCUUACCUUUACAGUUAUGUGACUGUAGGGGAGAUAUGGGCCUUUAUCACCGGUUGGAAUUUGAUUCUCUCCUAUGUGAUUGGUACAUCCUCAGUAGCUCGGGCUUGGAGCGGAACAUUUGAUGAAAUGACAGGAGGACAUAUUGAAAUAUUCUGUAAAACUUACUUUCGCAUGAACUCUCCUGGUCUGGCUCAAUAUCCUGACUUCUUUGCAGUCUGUUUGAUUCUGCUGCUGUCUGGGCUCCUGUCAUUUGGGGUUAAGGAGUCAGCCUGGGUCAACAAAGUCUUCACCUCUGUCAAUGUGCUCGUGUUGUUCUUUGUUAUCAUCUCUGGCUUUGUAAAAGGAGAUGCAAACAACUGGAAGAUAAGAGAAGAUUAUCUAGUAAAUCUUACCAUAGUAUCCAGGAACUUAUCAGCUACAGGUAACGUGAGCAGUGAUUAUGGAGCUGGAGGAUUCAUGCCAUACGGUUUCAGUGGAACAUUAGCUGGAGCUGCCACCUGCUUCUAUGCUUUUGUGGGCUUUGAUUGCAUAGCAACUACAGGUGAGGAGGUGAGGAACCCUCAGAGGGCCAUUCCUAUCGGCAUAGUGGUGUCAUUGACUGUGUGUUUCCUGGCGUACUUUGGUGUUUCGGCCGCGCUCACACUCAUGAUGCCUUACUACCUGUUGGACGAAAAAAGCCCUUUGCCCAUGGCUUUUGAGUAUGUGGGAUGGAGCCCUGCCAAAUAUGUGGUUGCUGUAGGUUCACUAUGUGCCCUGUCUACCAGUCUGCUGGGCUCCAUUUUCCCUAUGCCUCGUGUAAUCUAUGCUAUGGCAGAGGAUGGGGUGCUUUUCAAAGCCUUAGCCCGAAUCAAUCCUAAGACGAAGACCCCCCUUAUUGCCACUAUGAGUUCCGGUGUAGUAGCAGCCGUCAUGGCUUUCCUGUUUGACCUCAAAGCUUUGGUUGACAUGAUGUCUAUUGGAACUCUACUGGCCUACUCACUGGUUGCUGUGUGCGUACUGAUUCUCAGGUAUCAGCCAGAUGGCGCUUUAGAGCGUCAAAGGGAAGGUGGCUGUAAAAGGGACUACCUGUCCUCUGAGGAGGGCGAGUCAGAACUGACUGAAUCCGAGUCCCACCUCAACACGCUAAAAGCAGAAGGCUCAAUUCUGCAGGCGGUCCUUCACCCACCUGCAUCCCCCUCUGAGCAUUCAUCUGGCACGGUCAACUUUUCCAUUUGUGUGCUAGUGCUGCUGGUAUGUGUGAUCAGCUAUCUGACCACUUAUCACAUCGACGCCAUCAUUGGCAUGGAAGUAUGGAUCUUUGCAACUCUGUCUGUGUGCUUACUUAUCUUUGUCGGUUGCGUCGUCAUGAUUUGCAGACAGCCACAGACCGCUCAGAGGGUUUCCUUCAUGGUUCCCCUUUUGCCGUUUCUGCCGAUUCUUAGCAUAUCUGUUAAUGUUUACCUCAUGGUUCAAUUGAGUGGAGACACUUGGAUACGUUUCUCCGUGUGGAUGGCGCUAGGCUUUUUGAUCUAUUUCGGUUAUGGCAUGUGGCACAGUGUGGAGCGCCAGCGCUCUCUCCAGGGCACAAGCAGUACUGCCAAACAGGCCGGAUUGACUGCAGUCGAGAAGCAACAGGAGCGCUUCAUCUGCUCAGAGAAGACCAGCCAGUUUUAAGAUUCCUUCAUUUUAGUGCUAAUACACUGUGAGGUGAAACCCAGGCCCAAUAUACAUAUAAGCAUUGCUCCAGGAACUCAUAUAAGCAGUUACACCAACGUGGGCCUCACUACAUUCGGUCUUUGAAAGCCAUGUCAGUAUUUUGUGUCAGUGGUCGCAUGAUGAGCGACUGCUCUGACAUUGUGUCUCGGGCACAAUGGAAAGGACAGGUAACACACUGCAGAGUGAUUUCCCUCAGAUUGACACAGUCAGUGCAAGACUGAGAUGGUUUUAGUAUGGACGUUACUUGUUAGAGAAUUUGCUUUUCAUUGUAAGAAGGUUGCCUUUGCAAAGUCUUUUGAUACGCAGAUUUUGUGCUAUAUGCCACAUCAUUAGGUACACCCGCACGAUGGAAAGCAACACUACAACCACAAAAACACAUUAAAGGGAUACCUUUCUGUCUAUCCAAACUCAACAUGUGUAUUCACAUACUUAAAUACAGCGCUUGCGUUACAUAUCAUGACAUACAUUGUGCAAUGUGUAGCUAAUGCUGUGAUUGGUGAGUGUAGUUUAAAGCACUUUUAUUUUCUUUCAUGUUGUACAACGCUCAAAAUGUCACUCAGUAUAUUUUGGAUGAUUCUUCACAGUUGUUUCAUGUGAUUACAAUGUCUCGACAAAUACAAAUUAUAUUUAGUUUAAUAUGCAGUCUUAAUUUAGAAGGCAUGUAUUUGUUGCUUUUGUUUAUUCAUAAUAUGCUAGAACAGAGCGACAAGUGUUAUGUAACAAUUAACUUUACAAAGAGUCUUAUUUAGUGGCCUUUCUGUACGUUUCAACUGUCACAGUCUGAAUGAAUGAUAUUUGAUUAUAAUCUCUUACAGUAAUUAUGUGUUUUUAUUUUUUAUCACACUAUGGCAAACUGGGCUUUAAUACUGCACAUUACUAAUACAGCCUUAGGGACAUAAGUAUGUUUCCCAGGUAUGUGGACUGUAUUGUCUUUAUACAGCUUGUACAGCUUCAAAAGAUAUUAAAGGAAUAGCUCGAG